UCCACACUUCCGGCGGUGUACUGGCCAAAUGCCGCCGGCCAGCAACUUCCGUCCUCCUAGCUAAAAGCAGAAAACAGAGGCUCGGAACCGCUGCGUGGUUCUUGCUCUUCACUCGGCCGUUUUAAAGGGUGACCCUUUCCUGUCCCGGCCUGCGUUGCGUGGGCUUGUGGGUCUUUGAGACCCGAAAAUUGAGAGCGUUUUCGCACUCCAGGGGCUGCUGCUGGCGGCUCUGCGGCCGUCACCAUGCCACAGAACGAAUAUAUUGAAUUACACCGUAAACGCUAUGGAUACCGUCUGGAUUACCAUGAGAAAAAGAGAAAGAAGGAAAGUCGAGAGGCUCAUGAACGUUCAAAGAAGGCAAAGAAAAUGAUUGGUCUGAAGGCUAAGCUUUACCAUAAACAGCGUCAUGCUGAGAAAAUACAAAUGAAAAAGACUAUCAAGAUGCACGAAAAGAGAAACACCAAACAAAAGAAUGAUGAAAAGACUCCACAGGGAGCAGUACCUGCCUAUCUGCUGGACAGAGAGGGACAAUCUCGAGCUAAAGUACUUUCCAAUAUGAUUAAACAGAAACGAAAAGAGAAGGCGGGAAAAUGGGAAGUCCCUCUGCCUAAAGUACGUGCCCAGGGAGAAACAGAAGUAUUAAAAGUUAUUCGAACAGGAAAAAGAAAGAAGAAGGCAUGGAAGAGGAUGGUUACUAAAGUGUGCUUUGUUGGAGAUGGCUUUACAAGAAAACCACCUAAAUAUGAAAGAUUCAUCAGGCCAAUGGGCUUGCGUUUCAAGAAAGCCCACGUAACACAUCCUGAACUGAAAGCCACCUUUUGCCUACCAAUACUUGGUGUAAAGAAGAAUCCCUCAUCCCCACUGUAUACAACUUUGGGUGUUAUUACCAAAGGUACUGUCAUUGAAGUAAAUGUGAGCGAAUUGGGCCUUGUGACGCAAGGAGGCAAAGUUAUUUGGGGAAAAUAUGCUCAGGUUACCAACAAUCCUGAAAAUGAUGGAUGUAUAAAUGCAGUCUUACUGGUUUGACAGCAAUUUCAUAUAUAAUUAUUGAGGACUACACACCAAUUGAAGAAACUGCCAUUACUGUGAUGUUUCUGAAUACUACCAAACAGCCAUACAUGUCUGCAAUGAAGAGAUUUAUUAAAUUGUAAACAUUAAAGUGG